AUGGCGGCGGAGGCGGGCUCGGUGCGGUUAUGGGCGCGCACCGAGCCGUUCCUGGUGGGCGCUCUGCCGGCGCCGCCGCCCGCCCGCCUCGCCCCGCACUACCUGCGCAAGGCCGCCGUCUACGCCCGCGCCAGGGCCGCCCAGGGCUGUUUCCCGCGGCUGCGCUGGCCCCGCUGGCGCCACAUCGCCUGCGGGAAGCUGCAGCUCGACCGCGACCUCGCCUGGCUCUACUUCGAGCUCUUCCGCGGCCUCCUCGAGCCCGACCCGCCCCGCCGCCUCCGCUGGGCCGAGGCGGAGGCCUCCUGUGCCAGCGCCGAGGAGCUGGAGCGGGAGCGGAGCAAGCUGUCCGUGGACACGCUGCAGUUCCUGCUGUUCCUGUACGUGCAGCAGCUCCACAAGGUGUCCCUGCGCAGGUCCCUGCUCGGCGACGAGUGGCCCAGCCCCAGGACCGCAUCUCCCGGCUUUCCUGGGAAAUCCGCCGGCGGGAAUAAGAACUGGAAUGACCAGGAGCACCGAGCCUUCGUGCAGAGCCACCUCCUGGACAUGCUGGAGCUGCUGCUGGAGCCGGAGCAGCUCUCGGCCUCGUCCCACUCCAGCUCCAGCAGCCUGGUGUCCCUGGAGGCCGUCGGUGCCCUGAGCCUCCUGCUCGAGGGCUCCGUGGGCGCUUCCCGGGCGGUGCGGCCGCUCCACGAGCUGGCCCUGUGCCCGCCCUGCCACCCCCACAACGGCUUCUCCCAGGGGGCCAGAGCCUUCUCCCUGCCCCGGCUGGAGAGCUGGAUCCGCUCCUGCCUCACCGCCAACCCCUUGGGAAUGACCGCCUGCAUCAGGGCCGGCAGGAAGCUGGCGUGGGCACAGCAAGUUGAAGGAGCAACCAGGAGAGCCAAGAUUGCCUGCAGUGCCCGGGUGGUGCCCGAGGUGUCCCCCAUGGUGAUCAUGAGCCAGGUGUACAAGCAGACCCUGGCCAAGAGCUCGGACACCCUGGUGGGGGCCCACGUGAGGAUCCAUCGCUGCAACGAGUCCUUCAUCUACCUCCUGUCCCCCCUCCGCUCCGUGACCAUCGAGAAGUGCCGGAGCAGCACGUUCGUGCUGGGCCCCGUGGAGACGUCGGUGCACGUGCAGAGCUGUGACGGCGUCAGGGUCAUGGUGGUUUGCCACCGCCUGUCCCUGGCAGCCACCACCGGCUGCACCUUCUACACUCUGACACCCACCCAGCCCCUCAUCCUCUCGGGGAACCAGGGGGUCAGCUUUGCCCCUUUCCACACCCACUACCCCAUGCUGGAGGACCACAUGGCUCAGGUGGGCUUGGCCACUCUGCCCAACUACUGGGACAGCCCCAUGCUGGUGUGCAGGGAGAGCAGUGACACGGGCGUGUUCCGCCUCCUGCCCCCCUCAGACUUCUACACCUUCGUGAUUCCCUUUGAGAUGGAAGGAGACACCACGGAGACGCCGGGGGGGCUCCCCCAGGAGUACCAGGAGGCUCUGAGGCAGCGGGAGCAGCGGGUGCAGGUGUGGCAGCGCGCGGUGAAGGAGGCGGGUCUGACCAGGGAUCAGAGGAAGCGGCUCCAGGCGUUGGUAGAAAACAAGUUCUACGAGUGGCUGGUGCAGACGGGGAACCGGCAGCAGCUGGACAGCCUCGUCCCCCUUGCCAUGGGAUCCAAGCAGGCAGCAGGAUAACAUCCCAUUCCUCAGCACAGAAGGAGAGGAAGGAACUCAGGGAACAGGCAGCAAUACCCCCAGCCCAGUUCUCAUUAAGACUUUGUGGCCGUCCUGCCUGGACCCGCUGGAUCCAACACCCAGCCUUGCACUGUCUGGCUGCUUUAGGAUUCCUGAUCACUGCUGCCUUCCCAGGAAUGUGCUGUAGUUAUCCUGUUGGUGACUGAGAUGGCACUGGAGGAUGAUGAGUUGUGCCUUGUUGUAGAGCUGUCCUCAUGGUGGGUGUCCAUGUGUGCAGGUGUCCAACACACCAGGGAUGCUGGGACAGAGCUGGAUGCAGGGCCCUGGGCAUCACCUGCAUUUCACGGUACAAACCAGCUGCAGUGCUUUUAGAAAUGUGAAAAAGAAGUGUUUGAUUUUUUUAUGAAUGCAAUCUGGUAGGUUUUUUUUAAUAUGAAGAUGGCAUUAAGUGAUGGGGUUUUUAUGGGAUGAACUUUUGUAAGCACUUGGAUUUUGUGGAAUGAACUUUUGUACAUGGUUGCGUUGUUUUGACAAAUGUCAAUAAACCAGAGUUCUUGGAUAAA